GUAUAUUCUGUGUUAGUGUUUUGUGCUAACAUUUCUGUGGUAAAGUGUUUAAAUUGUUCUGUAAAAUGUCCUAUAUUCAGGAGAAAUGACCUCUCAAAGAGCAAAGGUGGUGCUCUCACUGGGUGCUGAAACAGUUUGCUCACUCAAAGAAGGAGUCAACUUCAAGAAAAACCCACAGGACGGGAAAUGUUACAUCAUAUUCAAGUCCGACAAUGGCUUCAAAGCGUGCAAGAACCAAUGCAAACACCAGGGAGGGAUGUUCAUCAAAGACAUCGAAGACCUGGGUGGCACGACUGUAAAGUGCACUAAGCACAACUGGAAGUUAAAUGUGUCCACAAUGAAAUAUGUGAAUCCACCAGACAGCUUUUUGCAAGAUGAGCUUGAGGUAGAGCUUUCUGAAGAUGGGGCCCUUCAGUUGAUUGAGUUGAGCCCCGUUGACCCCUGGCUGACUGACCCUCGAGACCCUCUGCAGCUCCAGGAUGGAGAGGUGAAAGUGACGUACCUGACCCACGCCUGCAUGGAGCUGAAGCUGGGACAGAGGCGGUUCAUGUUCGACCCGUGGCUGAAGGGUCCUGCAUUUGCCAGAGGCUGGUGGCUUCUCCAUGAGCCUCCAGCAGACUCCCUGGACAGACUGUGUGCAGCUGACCUCAUUUACAUCAGCCAUAUGCACUCCGACCACCUCAGUUACCCAACGCUGAAAGUCUUGUCAGAGCGGAGACCUGAUAUCCCAAUUUAUGUUGGUGACACAUCCAGACCGGUCUUUUGGUAUAUGGAGCAAAGCCAAGUCAAGCUGACAAACAUCCAUGUUGUUCCUUUUGGUGUCUGGAAUAAUAUUGACGAAGACCUGAGGUUUAUGAUCCUCAUGGAUGGAGUGCACCCUGAAAUGGACACUUGUAUCAUUGUUGAAUACAAAGGUCACAUGAUCCUGAACACUGUGGACUGCACGAGGCCAAACGGGGGAAGGUUACCACAAAAUGUGGACUUGAUGAUGAGCGACUUUGCUGGGGGGGCAUCUGGAUUCCCCAUGACUUUCUGUGGCGGGAAAUACAGUGACUCCUGGAAGGCAGAGUUUAUCAAGAACGAAAGGAAGAAGUUGCUGAAUUACAAAGCUCUGCUGGUGAAGUCCCUGCAGCCGGCAAUUUACUGCCCGUUCGCUGGUUUCUUUGUGGAGGCCCAUCCAUCAGACAGAUACAUCAGGGAAACAAAUGUUAAGAACAAUCCCGAGGACCUCAAUGCUCUCAUCAAUAAGUCUGCACCAGGCAUCAGGACAUGGACGCCCAAGCCAGGCGCUGUGCUGGACCUUGGCCUGGCUCUGAGAGACCCCACUAACAGUGGGGCCAUCAUCAAUCCCUCAGACAGUACCAAAAUCUACAAGGACAGUUGGGAUUUGGAUCUGUAUGUGGAUGAACUGAACAGAGCAAUCAGCAGUGAGAUAUUUAAACAUCAAAGCUGGACCCGGUUUUAUUACACCUGGGCAGGCUUCCAAAACUACAACCUUGUUGUGAGGAUGAUUGAGACAGAUGACGGCUUUGAGCCCCAUGCUGAUGGCAGUGACUACCUGGUGGACUUCUUGGAUCUGACGUUCCCCACAAAGAGACCUGCGCGGGAGCAUGCCUACAUAGAGAUUAAAAACAGGAUUGGUGUGAUGAGACACGUGGUACAGCAGGGUCUUCUCUGGGAUGAUCUGUACAUCGGCUUCCAGAACCGCAUUCACAGAGACCCGGAUGUCUACCACCACAAGUUCUGGAACCACUUCCAGACGCAGCUCCCAGUUCACAGGCCAGACUGGGACCAGUUCCUGCAGGAGAUUUCCCUCCAGCAGCCUGACACAGCAGCUGGGAGCCAAGGAGCUAAUUGUGUAAUGUCUUGAAAGACAGAAGUGUGUUCUGGGGAUUAUUUGUCUUCUAUUACUGGCCUGUUUUAAUGGGUUUGUCUAAUUUAAUCUAGAACUGGACAUAAUUUGUGUGACCUGAGGUGUUUUAUGGCUAAUUACAUUCUCAGGAAAUGAAGGAUUUUUAUUUUUAAAUAGGGGAUUGGAGUGUGAUUUUUCUGAAAUGAUUUUGUUGGGGGAGAAUUUGGUGAACGGCAUAUGGUGAGAUUCUCAGGAUUGUGGAGUGACCUUUUUUGGGAAACCUGUGACAUGUCCGAGUUUACAAUAGCCUCCUGUCUAAACAGAGGGGCCAACGGAUGCCUUGACUGAUCUAUAUCCAGUUAUGUUACCUGUUUUGUGUUGGUGAUUGACUUGGCGCCAGUAAGAGAGGUCCCACUUCAAGGGCAUAAAACACAUGCCCCCCCUCUCCCUUGUGCCAGAUCUUCCUGCUCCUCCGAGGGGGAAGGAACAUCAUAAAGCGAGUUCAAGAUACUUUUGAUUUCUCACAAGGCUUCAAUCCACAAAUUUCCACCACAGAUUUGAGUUCAUAAUUCUCCUAGUCUAGUUUUAUUGAAAGGGGAUAUAGGUUAUACGUUUUUUUGUAUAAUGUAUAAUCAAUCAUUUAUGUAUUCAGUAGCUUCAGUAAUAAAUGU